UAAGGUUAGAGUUUACCCUGGUUUCUUUCCAAAUGCUACACAGGAUGUAAAAACCAACAGGACAGCAGCAACAACUUCUCACAUUUUCCAUCCCGGAGGAUCAAAUAUUUUGGGGUAUUAUCUCACUGUUAACCAAGCGAUGAGCUGAAUGCAAAAGUGUGAUAAUUAUUCAACGGCGCUGGGGGUGAAAUAUGCAGAAAUGAGCCCGGAGGAGGAGCCAGAGCAUCAGACACCGCCCACCUGCGGUCUGCUCGGCCUUCUGCUGAAGAACAGACGCCCCACGGGAGCCGUCAACGAGGUUUGGCCCAACCUCUACAUCGGAGAUGCGGCGACGGCUCAGCAUAAAUCCCUGCUAGUGGAUCUGGGAAUCACGCAUGUGGUGAAUGCUGCAGAUGGCCCCCUGCACAUUGACACCGGGCCACUUUUCUACAAAGACACCAGCAUACGGUAUCAUGGGGUAGAAGCAGCCGACUGCAAAGAGUUUGACUUGAGCCCAUUCUUCACUGAGACGGCGGAUUUCAUCCAUGAUGCUCUGAAGCUGAAAGGCAAGGUGCUCGUCCACUGUGCUCGAGGAAUCAGCCGCUCGGCGACUCUGGCUCUGGCCUUCCUCAUGAUCCGAGAAGGACUUUCCCUCGUUGAGGCCGUGGAGGCCGUUCGCAGGCACAGAAACAUUCUUCCGAACGUUGGAUUUCUGAAUCAACUGUGUCACUUGGACUCUUCUUUGGCCCUGCAGAGGAAAACCACACAACAUGAAGUGAAGAGAUAAAGCACUGAUUGGGACUUUCCUCCAUAUGGACUGUAUUGAUUUGCAACGUGCAUAUUCUUUACACUGCAGCUAAACAUGGCGGCUAGAUUUUUUGGAAAUGUGUUUUUCGACCUUCAAGCCAGCCAGGGUUUCCAAUAAAGUCAUCGCGAAAAUCUGUUCGCGUAUUUUGUGUAGUCCAUCGAAUUUUCAUUGCAUUGUAAUGCAGUUUUAUUGCAGAAUCAAUCGAGGUCUGCA